AUGCCUCCGGUGGCGACGGCACUCUUCCCACAUUCAAAGGCGGACAAAGAAGCCGCCGUCGAGCUGCUGUCCGAGUGCGGCGGCACAUGGGCCUACGUCCAGUUGGUCUUAGAUAUUUCCUCCUGGCUCAUCGUUCCAUGCACUGCUUGGUCUACCACGCCUUGGAUCUUCGGAUUAGCAUUCGGUCCGAUGGUGAUUAUGUCCUUGGUGCAACAGCAAGAGAAAGGUCAUUUUCAGACGUUUUUGAGCUCGGCGCUGCCGGUGCUGAUGUUCUUGCCUUCUGGGCAGGCAUUGCUCAGUAAACGGGCUUUGGGCGCAUUGCUACGUCUCGCUUGCUUGCUUUGCUGUUUCUUGGCGCUUAGGGCCAAUGAUGAGCAGUUUGGGGCACAUUACGGUCAGGACAUGCACGAGGAUUUCCAUAAUUCUCACGCUCUGGGAUGCGACUUCGCGCAGGCGCCCUCUUGGCUGCAGCCCUGUUGCGCCUCGCAGCAGAUCAACCUGACGACGUUUUUCCAGUGUCAGGAAGACCUGCCUUGGUAUCGACAGACAAGCUGUCGCACACAGGCAGCCGCGGUCUGCCAGGCACCGGGCACCAGGCCCACCAGGAUUUGGAUUAUCUUUUGGCCGCUCCUAGCAAUUCUAGGAUUGUUACCGGCUCAAUGCUGUCUGUACACGUGGCUUGGGGUGCAACCCAAUGCAGGCAGGACAUAUGAAGCAGCUAUCCGCAUGGUGCAGGAGUCGUCCAAAGCAACCCGCCUCCGGCAGAUCAAGCUGCACUGUUUGAUUCUGGUGUGGAUGUUGGACCUUGUGAGCGACUUUCACACAUUGUGCAUCUUUCUUUUCUUCCACCACUACGCUUUCUUCAGCCUGGGCUUCCUGGUCUUUGUUGGGACGCGGUCUGUCGGGAGUUUGACGACGUUGAGGCUGGAAUAUGAAAGAUCCAGUUCGCUUGGACAGACAACAGAUGCGCUACGUGACAUACUGCUGCCACAGAAAACCGUGGAAGCUCCUGUGUUCCUUCUGCUGCAGUACUACGCCUCGUAUUACCUUUGUGCCAGCGGGGUUUAUGCAAUGGCCUCGGUCACUUUGUCGUCGUUGCUUAGCCUCUGCACCACUGCAGAUGCAGCCUACGGCCUGCUUCUUGUAGACCCCACAGCCCGGCAGAUCCGUGAGCGCGUCCACCAGCUUGAGGCGCUCACGGAGGCUGGAGUUGACAUCCACGAGCAUGAGCCCACCACGAUGGUGGAAAUCUGA